AUUGCAACACCUUUCCUCUCCUCUAACCUCACUUUAGUUUUUUUUAGUUGGUGGCUCCUUUUUUUUCUCUCCUCGAAGCCACUGACAAAAAAAGGCAGAGAAAAUGGAGAUUGUUGGAAAAGUGAUCAUGUCAAUGGGUCUUAUGAUGAUGAUAAUGUGGAAGAGUGUGGAUGGUUACGGUAGUGGUUGGGUCAAUGCUCGAGCCACUUUCUAUGGAGGUGCUGAUGCUUCUGGCACCAUGGGCGGCGCGUGUGGAUACGGGAACUUAUACAGUCAAGGAUACGGCACGAACACGGCGGCUCUAAGCACCGCUCUAUUCAACGGUGGUCAAACCUGCGGUGCGUGUUUUCAGAUAAAAUGCGUAAACGACCCAAAAUGGUGUCUCGGAGGAACAAUCACCGUCACGGGAACAAACUUUUGUCCACCGAACUUUGCUCAGGCCAACGACGCCGGUGGUUGGUGUAACCCUCCCCAACAUCACUUCGAUUUGGCUCAGCCCAUCUUCCUCCGCAUCGCUAAAUACAAAGCCGGCGUCGUCCCCGUUCAAUACCGGAGAGUGGCUUGCCGGAGAAAAGGAGGGAUACGAUUCACCAUCAACGGUCACUCAUACUUCAACCUCGUACUCAUAACCAACGUAGCCGGCGCCGGAGAUGUUACCUCCGUCUCCGUUAAAGGAACCAGAACUGGAUGGCAAAGCAUGUCGAGAAACUGGGGACAGAACUGGCAAAGCAACGCGAAUCUUGAUGGUCAAGCUCUCUCGUUCAAAGUGACAACUAGUGAUGGACGUACAGUUGUAUCUAACAACGCUACUCCACGUAACUGGAGCUUCGGACAGACUUACACCGGAAGACAGUUCCGGGCUCCGAGGUGAUGCUUGAUGACCACGUGGACUUAAUGGAGGCACACUUAUUAAAACAAAAAAAAAAUAAGUUUUACUUUAUUAUUACUGAUUUUGGAGUUUGCAUAGUUUGGAAAAACGUUUUAAGAAUUUGACCUAAUUAAAAAUAACCAAUUUCUGAAUGGCGGAAGGUUUUUUUUUUUUUCACCGGUAGCUUUUGUAAUUCGCCGGUGAGACUGAGGUGAACAGAAAGGAAAAAACAAGCUUUGUGUUUUCACCCGCCGCCUGAGUAAUUGAGUUUUUUUUUUGUACUUUGUUUGACUUUGAGAUGUUCAAUAGUCUGUUUCUUUAA